GGAGGUGAAAAUCAACAUGAGGAAAACCUGCUGAAUGAAGAUGAGAAUGUCCUGCACUCCCAUGAGAAUCCAUCAGCAGAACAGCCAGACAGCCUCUCACCUCCGACAGUCCUUCAUUCAAACAUGACAGCUCUGGCACCUCACCAAUUGAGCCUUGAUGCAUCAGAAGAUGAAGCUGAUCAAGAAACACCACAAGAUGAAAAAGACACGGACAAGGAAGCCGUCAUCCUGGACCUUCAACAUCCCCUUAACAAGAGAUUUAAUGAUGCUCUACGCCUUUACCUCCAGAAAAAAUUGGAGAAAACCCAGCUGGAAUUGAAAAAAGAGUUGAUAAUUGGAAAGGAUGAUGACAGGCUGUUGACGAGCACGAGAAUCGAGAUAUCUCAGUUGCAUACACAGCAGGCAAGAGCUGAACACAAGCUGAGCGACAUUCAUCAAGCCAAGGCACUGGCUCAAGCCCAAUGGCAGCAGGCACAAGAUCGGCUGGAAACCGCAAAGAGCAAAUAUUCCAACCUUAGCAGUCAGAGCAGUCAGGCCAAAACUAAGGUCUCAAGGCUGCAGGCAGAGUUAGAGAAGACAUCGCAGCAGGUCGUUUUUGCCCAAGCAGUCAGUGAGGGACUGUAUUCCAAUGUCAAAAUCAUAAACAAUGCCAAACACAAAGUGGAUACUGAGAAGACACAAGCAGAAGAAGAGAAAAAAAAGCAGGACUUGUAUGUAGAACAUCUGACAAAGGACUUGGAGAACCGGACACUGCUUGUAGCUGAAUAUGAGCUCCAGGGAAUUGCUCAAGUACAGGAGACACAGGAAACAACUAAAGCACUAUCUGAGGCUGAGAUGCAUCUGGAGUCGCUGCUAAUGAUGCAUAAAAAGCUGCUGCAGCAGUGGAACGGCAUCAUAAUAGAUAUUAAGAAACACAGUGAGCUCGUAAACACGAUGCAGGAAGAUUUACGUGAGGUUGAGGCUAAGGCAGUUCUCCUGGGCAGAGAUAUUGAAGGCUAUAAAAAAUCCAACAAAGCAGAGCAGGAGAAAAAUGAAUCACUAACUGUUCAGCUGAAUUCAUAUGAAAUGGAUUGUGAGACUUGGAAAAAACUGAUCAGUAACAAACAGAUGGCCCAAAUGGAGCUGCAGGCCCAGUACAGCGCCUGUCAACACUCCCUUUCUGAGACGAAGCUUACCCUGACCACACUCACAAAAGAAAUGAGUACGAAUCAAACAAAAUUAAGCAAUCAGAGGAAGCAGGUAGAGAAACUGAGUGCAACAUGUCUGGAGCUGGAAGAGAACAUCAUGGAUCACAUGCAGCAGCAGCUCACACACAGCAAGGCUGCCACAUAUUCAAAACAGCUCAUAAGCAAGAUGGCAACUCAAAAGAAGGAGAAGAUGAAUCAGCUGCUGCACCUGGAAAGAGACAUUUUGAAAAUGAAACUGGAGUACCAAAACUUGGAUCAGACAAACAACAUCCUGACCCUUACUGUAGAGAAGCUUGAUGAGGAGAUUAAGAGGUUUAACAAGUUAAUGACAUUAGAAGAGAACUCCUUCUCUUCAACGGUUCUGCAAAUCAAGCAGAAAGAGACAGAAAUCAUUGUUCUCGAAAAAAGGAUUUCUCAUAUUGUGGAAUCCACUGGGCAUGAUGAUCUAAGUCCUCUGGAAAUCAAGAUCAAGGAAACGUUAGCUGACAUUCAGGAGCUGGAUGCUCAGACUAAGAAAGACCAACACCUCUGGAUGCUGCAGCAGGGAACACUUGUGGGACUAACCAGAGAGUUAGAGGCCAACAGCAAGAAGAUUCGCAAACUUCAGCAGGAGAACACUGUAUUACAACAGGAGGAGAUCCGACAAAGGGGCCAGAUUAAAGAAAAGGAGCGAGAGCAGGCAGAGCUGGACAAGAACUCACAGCUGCUUAGGAGAGACCUGAAGAUGCUCUACAAGCUGAUGGAAAAGAACCAACAACUGAGUGAGGCUCUGAAGCUUGAGAGCACACUGAUGGAGACAGAUUUUAUCGACAAACUCAAGGAAGCUGAAGAGGAAUCUGUCGGUGUUCAAAUGAAAAUCGAGUGGACGCAGGAGGAAAAAGAGAACCUUGCCCGGAAUGUGUUGGUGGCUGAUCUACAGAUCGAGCUUUGGAAGAAGAAGACUCAAAUUUUGAAGGAGACUCAGUCGGUUUUGGACACAGAGAUAUGCCAGGAAUCCGAAAAGAUGAAGGCUGCGAUUCGUCGUAUGGAGUUACGAAUCAGCCAGCUGAAAAAACAGCAACAGCAGCUCAUGAGGGAAAGUGAGCUAGCUGUGGCAAAAAGAGAAAACCUUGACCUGCGCAAGGAGACCAUGCUCCGAAGUUCGCGCAAAGAGAGGACAAAGGAAGAGCUGAGUCGUUCCAUACAGGGCCUUAAGAGAAAGAUCAAAAUAACACGCAAGGAGAUUGCUGAUUGUGAACUGGUAAUUAAGGAGCUGGAAAACAGAAAAACCAUCCUGAGUGAGAAGAUUCAGCAGCAGAAGCAACACUUAUGCGAACUAUCCUGCACCAGCUCAAAACUAGAUGACGACUUGGUGAAACUCCAGGACAACAAGAUGAUGAGCCAAGCUUACUUAAUUGCUCUGCAGAAUCGAAACAAGAAAUUGGAGGAAGUCUUUGAGGGAAAACACAAAGUCUCAUCCAACAACGAAACUGUCAUAGCGACUCUGCAGAGUCGAAGACAGACCCUGGAGGCUUACAGAAACAUCUUCAAGCGUAACUGGGAGGACCUCUCUGAGCACAGGGAAGCGCUCUGCAAUGUGAUACAAGUAGUGGAGGCAUACAUACAAAUUUCCCAGCUGUAAAUAGAGCAUAACCAAGGCAUUAUACAGAGCCUAAAGAGAAAAAAGCCCCCAAAAACUUGUUUAUUUUCAUGAUUUCUUUAUGCAUUACUAGAAUAUUUAUUGAGUGUGGAAGAAAACUUUGUUUUGCUGAUUCUGCGAAGAUUUUUGAAAAUGAAUUAAAAACCAUUCAGUUCCGACAGACAUUUUUGAUUUUUGAUGAUUUCUUUAUGCAUUACUAGAAUAGACAUACUAGUUUUGAAACAGCUUAUCAAUUUAAAGGCUAUUGAUACUAAACUUGUGCUGUUUUGAUUGAAUCAAUAUUCAAUUUAGGAAAUAUAGUCCAAUGUUUUCUCAUUUCAUUCAUUUUUGUUGUUUGAUCUUUAUAUUUGUCAUUAAGUUGCUGCAAAGCAUGCAGCUGGCAUUUCUUGUCUUUAUUGAGUGUGGAAGAAAACUUUGUUUUGCUGAUUCUGUGAAGAUUUUUGAAAAUGAAUUAAAAA